UGCGUCAUUUUACCGGGAACGCUGUCACCACGUGUCUCUGACCGGCUUCCCUGACUGCUCCACUACUUUUUCACUCCGAAACGACUCCGGCCAGGGAGUGGGCUUUAAGAUGGCGGCGGAGGAGACGUUAACAACGUGCAAUAUGGAUUUAUUCUCAAUGGAAACACUAGUGGAGACUGCUGGAUUCAACUGUGGAGAAAAUCUGAGAGUCCUUCAAAGCUGCAUAGAUCCCUCAAUACUUUCUAUUUUUGAAGAUAUACCAACAGUAGAGACUAAAGGGCUGGAUGAAGAGAGUGAAGCCACGCUGCUGACAGCCCUGACAGAGAUCCUGGACAAUGUGGACGAUGAGAACCUGUCACCGUUUGACACGCUACCUGAUUCUGACCUGCUGUCCAAUCAGAAGGGCGGGGAACACUCUCCACUCAGGAGGAUUCUGUGUUUGUCUCGUUCCCCUCAGGAGAAAGACUCUUUCUGUAGCACCAAGCCAAUAUCAGCUGGAAAGAAUCUGUUCAGGCUGCAGGCAGACUCUGUCCAGAGGAGUGAUGGUGAAGAAGAGGAGGACAGCUCCUUCACUCUGAGCCAAGACAGCUGCGGCUCUUCCCGUGACGGUGACCUGCAAGGCUGGGAGGGUCUGACCCUUCCACUUCCUGUCACCUUUGAGCAGGAGAGUGAACCUGGUCUCUCAGUCAGCCUGGGAGAUUUAGUCCGGCACAUGCACUCGUACUGCAUCCCCAUAUCUGUAGAAGAUGAGAUGGGGGAACAGAUGUUACCUGAAGGGGGUAUAGUACUUGAAGUGGUGGACCAGGGGGAAAAUGGAGAACCCAUCUUGGCCAUCCCAAACAUAAGUCUCUGCGUCCCCGAGGCUCUUACAGAGCCGCCCGAAGAGCAGAAAGUUCCAGAUGAAGCAGAAGAGGAGCUCUCAGACAGCUCAGAGCAUAUAGUAGUUGACGAUGAAGACGAUAUACCUGUCGUGAAGAAAUGUAACGUCGCUGCUAGAGCCGCACCGGUGCCGUGUUCUGAUGUGAAAGACGAAGUUGCUGCUAAAAGACAAAAGGAGGAUAACAAAAAAAAAGUCUCGGGAAGAAAAAGGAAAAAGAAAUGUAAAGGUGAUGAGCAGCCUGCACUGGUGGAGGGAAGGGUCCUUAGGAGUAGGACUGUAGGAAAACUGGCACAGGAAUCUCGGAAGAAGGUGGAGAAGUCCGCCAAAGAACAGAAGCAAAAAGUCUCACAGGUUCCUCGUACUUCAACUAACCCAUCGAUUCCUAAAGAAGAGGCAAUAAAAUGGUGCAAAUCUAAAACUGAAAACACCACAACACCUGAACUUAAAGAGAGAGUUGCUGCAUCACCGUGUCCCAGACAGAAGACCACCCAGCCAAGUCCUCCUGAGAAGAGUCCAUCUACAGAUUCAGACAGCGGGGCGAGCUCCCAGCAGCCCAGUGGAACUACUGAACAGCCCGUCCCAGGAAGCUCUUCAGCACCUCCCUCUGGUCCACCAUCGCUGGUUUCCUCAGACCGCCCCAUAGCCGCUGUGGCUCCAGAGAUCACAUCACCUGUUAGUGCUGCCCCAGAGCCCAAACCCAAAUCACUGAGUCUCCAGGAGUACCGGCGGCUUCGACAGCUGAAGAAGCCCGCUCCGAUGGAGAAGCGGGACCACAACAGCACCAAGUGGCCCACCCUUCCGGAGCCCCCCAAAGAGCUUCCCCCGAUACCCUGCCUGCCUUACCCCAACCCCAAGGACCCCAGACAUCCCUGCGCCAAAGCUGCAAGUAAGGAAGUGGAGGAGAUCAAACCUGCGUGGCAGCCAAGGGGACCAGGAGCACCCCCCACCCCCGAGGCACUGUUGGUGCCACCAGCUUACAUGAUUUCUUCUUCCAGUAAGGUUUCAUCAGCUGCUCCAGUUCCUAAACCCCAGCAGACCCCAGAGCCUUCCAAACCAGCCUUAAAGCCCUCACCCUCUCCUCCUGAUUCAGACAACACUUCACCCGUGCAUCCUCCCACUGCUGCAAAGCCCAAAGUUCUUAAUGUUCCUCAGAGCUCAGUUCCUUUAAGUCCAGCUGACCAGCGCACAUCUUCUGAUGGUCACAGCUGCUCUGCUGCUUCUGGUGGGAAAGGUGUUGUUUACAUCCAGCAAUCACAGCCUAACUCCUCCAAUUCUGUUGUGCCCACUAAAGUACCCACUACAGACGUGACUAAACCCACUGAUGCCUCUGGAUCUGUCCCUCAGAAGAGUGUUGGUGUUUCCCAGAAGCUGCCUGAGGUCACACCUUCUACCUCAUUCAGUAGUCCCAUCCCAUCUAAGCCCACAGCCAGUAUUGUCAAACCUUCUCCUGCUGCUGCUUCUCUUUUGGCCUCCUGCAGUCCGAAAACGAAACCAGCUGUGCUCGAAACUAAAGUGCUAACGACCGCACAAAGAGCAAAGCAUGCCACCCAGGAGCUGAUCAAAGCGUUCACCAGUGAAAUAGGCAUCGAGGCUGCUGAUCUGACUAGCUUGCUCGAGCAAUUUGAAGAGACCCAAGUGAAAGAGGAAUGUGUCCCGGAGGUCUGUGGUAGAGCAGCAGCUGUAGGAAACUCGAGAGCCGAACUGGUUCCAGAGAAGACUCUCGUGGAGCGUUUAAAAGCCAGUGACCUCUCAACCUCUGCAGCUCUGACUCCUCCGGCCACACCACCCCACCAGAUGUGGAAACCUCUGUCCACUGUGGCUCUGCUGGGAAAAAGCAAAGUUGUUGAGACGUCCAAACUAAACCUGUCGAAGGUUAUUCAGAUAGAAGCACAGCCUCUGCCCUCGGUUCGGUCCCGUAGUAAACCUACUCCCGCUGCUGCCACCGUUGCACCUGAGCUAGCCUGCUUGGAUCACGACUACUGCUUACCCAACAGAGACGCCUCUGGAGAACCAGGCAAGCGCUGGAAUGUUAAGCAACAACCUUUGAUCACCAUUAAGCCCAUCAAGCAACAUGCUCCAGCCAGCAGACAGACACCUCCAGCUGCUGUGGUACCAUCGCUCCAGCUGGCUACAAAUCCUAAAACGCAAGAUUUUCCACAGACGGACCGCUCGGAGGAGAAGUACGAUGAGCCAAAGGAAUGCUCCGUUCUGGAGACUCCUGAUGCUUCUCCAACUCGGCAGGAAUCUGAAUCUUCUUUCAAAGUUAGGAGCCCCAGGAGAAGACCGUUAGAGAGGUCCUACCGACGAUACGCUGCCUCCCGUACGCCCAGUCCUUCGUGUAGUCCCAGAGAGAGAAGAGGUCGACCAGCCCGAAAAAGAAGAUCCCAUCGUUCUCCAAGUCCUUCAUCCAGCUGCUUGGACUCUUCUAGAUCUCGAUCCAGAUCGUUCUCUCCGCCAAAGAAAAGGUAUCGAUCUCACAACUCGGGUAGCAGUUCCAACUCCUCGUCCCGCUCGUCCUCUCGCUCGUCUCCAUCUUUGUCUCGCUCCCCUCCCAGGAGGAGGAGGUACUCCUAUUCCUCCUCUUGCUCUGGCUCAUGGAGUUGUUCCAGGUCGCGGUCUCGGUCCCCCGAAAGACAGUGGAGUAGGAGCAGAAGAUUGUACAGCCCCACACACAGGCCCAAAGAUCAUUACGACACAAAGCGAAGCACGGAAGACUCCAAGAGACGGAAGGAGAAAGCCAUUGAAGAACGUCGGGUUGUGUAUGUUGGCCGAAUUCGAGGAUCAAUGACCCAAAAAGAACUCAAAGAGCGCUUCUCUUUAUUUGGUGAAGUUGAAGAAUGUACGCUGCACUUCAGAGACCACGGGGAUAACUAUGGGUUUGUGACGUAUUACGACACCAAGAAUGCUUUUACAGCAAUCGAGAAUGGGAGCAAGCUGCGCAAACCCGACGAGCUGCCGUUUGACCUCUGCUUUGGAGGAAGAAGGCAGUUCUGUCAAUCCACCUAUUCUGACUUGGAUUCAAGUAGAGAGUACGAUUCGUUGAAAGGCAAAGGCAAGUUUCAAGCACUAGACUUCGACACUUUACUGAAGCAGGCUCAGCAGAAUCUGAAGAGGUAACAGGAGGCCUGCAGCAGGAAGCAGCUGAUGUUUACCAUAGUCAGCAGGUGGUUCAGCACUUGCAGCGCUAUCUGUGUAUUGGUUGUUGCAUUAUUUUGUUUUGUUUUUUUCUUUCUGUAAGUUACCACCUUCUAUUGAAGUGAACAUUUCUAAAGAAACUGGUAAAAUAGGGGAAAAAAAGAAAUAUUUUUUUAAACGGGUUUAUUUAAAUGUACAAUUCAAUUUAUCCUCCUGGGACCCUGCAUCCCUGAAGAAGACAUCUGCUUCUUGUAAUAUAUUAUUUAUUGCGUUCAUUUAGACCCGUUUUAAAUAUUAUGGGAAAUGUUUGGAAAUUUUCUAUUAUUUCAAGGGGGGGAAAAAAUAAAUAAUUUUUUUAUUUUGAAGUAGAAAAUGUUCUUUUGUUUUUUUGGAGGUCCUGGAAACCUGAAUAAAAAUAAAGAAAAGUUUGGGUCUCAGGAGGCUAAAACUGUAUGGAGAAAUUUAUUUUAAAUUGGUAACAAUAUAAAAUGAAAUUCCCUAAAUAGGGAGAGUAUGGUAUACAAUGAAAUGUAGACAAACAUAAAUAAAAACAAAUGUUUUCCA